UUAAAAGGCAAUGGUGUAACUGAACGUUUCACUGUCAGGUGCGAUGCAAAUUUCUCUUUUGUGACCGUAGAUUCGGUUUCAAACCCCACCCUGGUAGACAGGGGAACAUGUAGCGUACGUUGAGUAAGAGAGAAGGGCGAUAUGUUGGGUUUAUUCCGGAGCUGUAUAGAGAAGACUUGAUAGCUUGUUCAGUCUCGUUCGUGUCAAUCGUGUUACUGUUAUUGCAAGCCAACUGUUAUUACAUUGCCGUACCUGUCGGGCCGUAUGCCCCGGCACGCAAUCUUAUGUCAUGUGACCUCAACCAAGCGUCCCUUGUAUUCAUGUACCUGGGUUCCACUGGCUGAAAGUAAUAUAUCAGUGGGGUGUGUUUAGACUGUAUUUUUGCAUUCGGAUAGCUCAGAGUGCGACGUCAUGUCAACCGACAUUCGCACAAGAAGGAUAUACCGGUUCAUUUCUGAUAGGGAUUUCUGAAAAGGAUUUCAGUCAGUCAGUUAGUCGGCAGACUUCAAAAUACGAGCGACUACUGAAGAUUAGACAAAGGGAUGGCAUCCACUAACGGAUCUGAAGGAACCGGAAGCGCGUUUGCGAAUGCCGGUGUGGGCACGGUAGAUCUCGUUGUCAUCAUAGUAUAUUUGUUCGUCUGUCUUGCAGUUGGUAUAUGGGCGACAUGGCGGACACAGCGUGGAAGCGUCAGUGGUUACUUUCUGGCAGGGAGGGACAUGCUUUGGUUUGCGAUUGGAGCAUCUCUGUUUUCCAGCAACAUUGGCAGCGGCAGCUUCAUCGGCCUCGCAGGAACAGGAGCGGCGUCGGGAAUUGCCGUCGCAAGUUAUGAACUUAAUGGCCUGUUCUGCCUGCUGCUGCUAGCCUGGUUGUUUGUCCCUGUGUAUAUAGCAAGCGGGGUUUACACCUUACCGGAGUAUUUGAUGCGGCGCUUUGGAGGUCAACGGUUACAGGUUUACAUGGCGGUGUUGUCUCUGAUGAUCUAUGUCUUCACCAAAAUAUCAGCAGACAUGUAUGCUGGUGCCAUUUUCAUACAACAAGCCGUCAGGUGGAACAUCUACCUUGGCAUCCUCGUCCUCCUCGCCAUCACCGCCAUCAACACCGUCUCCGGUGGCCUGAAGGCUGUUAUCUACACAGACACUCUACAGACCAUCAUCAUGGUCGCUGGGGCGUUUAUACUCAUGGGUAUAAGUUUUGCUAAGGUAGGGGGGUUAGAACCUCUGUACGAAAAAUACUUCGAAGCCAUUCCGGAGAAACGUAUAAACGGAAGUGACGUAUGUGGCCUGCCACCUAAAGACGCCUUCCACUUGCUGCGGGAUGCAUCAACGGGUGAUCUCCCCUGGCCGGGGAACGUUUUUGGCAUAACCAUUUUAAGUGCCUGGUACUUCUGUUCUGAUCAGGUGUUGGUUCAGCGCUCUCUGGCGGCCAAGAACAUGCACCACGUCAAAGGAGGAUCCAUCAUGGCGGCAUACCUCAAGGUCAUCCCGCUCUUCACCAUAGUCUUUCCUGGCAUGAUCAGCAGGAUUCUCUAUCCAGACCAGGUAGCUUGUGUUGACCCCGACACCUGCUGGGAGGUAUGUGAGAAUAAGGCCGGCUGCACGAACAUCGCUUACCCUAAACUUGUCAUCGAACUCAUGCCGGAAGGUCUCAAAGGUCUGAUGUUAGCGUCGAUGAUGGCUGCGCUUAUGUCAUCACUGACGUCGGUAUUCAACAGCGCCAGCACCAUAUUCACCAUUGAUAUCUGGAAGAGACUUCGACCUAAAGCCGCUGACUCCGAGUUGCUCGUGGUUGGCAGAGUGUUUAUACUGGUUCUGGUGGGCGUGAGUAUACUGUGGAUUCCAGUUCUUCAAGCUGCCCAAGGGGGACAACUCUUCAACUACAUUCAAGCAGUGACGGGAUAUUUUGCCCCGCCAGUUCUCUCCCUUUUCCUCUGUGCCAUAUUAUGGGGAAGAACAAAUGAAAAGGGUGCUUUCUGGGGCAUGAUGAUAGGCUUGGUAAUCGGUCUGAUCCGGAUGGGGUUGGAUUUCGGCUACGGAACCCCAGGCUGUGGAGAGGAGGAUAACCGUCCUCUCAUCAUCUCCAAGGUCCACUUCCUCCAUUUCACCAUUCUCCUCUUCGUCGUCAGCAUGGUCGCCACCAUCGUCAUUUCCAUCCUCACCGAAGCACAGAAUACGUCACAUUCCAUCCGGCUGACUUGGUGGACCAGACACAGCCAGGAGGAUAGGGAAGAGUUCCCGGAGGAGAAAGCACGUAGGGAGAAGGGCCAAGCUCAGAGGAAAACUGAUAUGGCCAACCGCGAGCCUGUGGAUGUGGCCUCCUUGCCGAAGUGGCGACGUAUCAUAUAUUUGGUAUGCGGGUAUGAACCUCCCCAGGCUCAGGAGAUCUCGGAGGAAGAGGAGGAAAUACAGAGGAAGGUGUUGACAUCUAUAGAGGAGAAGCCCAAGUGGAGAAUGUUCGUCAACGUCAACGCAUUUGUGCUUAUGACAAUUGGAAUCUUUCUAUGGGGAUUUUUCGGCUGAACUAUUUGUUGUUUCUUAGGGAUGCUAUCAUUGGUACAUAACACUUCGAUGUGUUUGUGUAUUUUUGCUGCUUCCAUCAGUACUGUUUUUUGUAUUCCUGCAAUGAAGGUUCUUUUACAGCUUAAUUGUUUUUCAUGUUACAUAUAUUCCAGUAAUUUAAUUUCAUUAUACCUCAACGCACGUCUCUUCUAACUGUCCUGAACGCCACUUCACAUUCGAACAGAGCUCUAACGCAAAUGAACUACCAUUAGUAAUAAUAAGUUAUAUUGAUUCAAAUAAUAUAAAGCAGUUCAAUCCACUGCGCCUCAUGUUUCUUCUUGCCUUCUAAAACGCCUUCUCUCACGCCAAUGAAACUUGUCAUUCGAGCCCUUAUUCUUUGACGUUAAUCUUGUCGUUUGUAAUAGUGAUAUUCAUUAUUGGUCCAGAGUAAGCAGUUUGAGCCGGCGCUCACACUCAUAAGUGGCUGUCUGACAUAGCCCCUUAUAUACCCUUGUGAUACACAUUGCUUACUUGGAAGUUCUGCAACUAUUGUCUCCAACUUCCUCUCUCAACUCAUUUCCGAAAAAAAUACAGAAUUAUUAAUUAAAAGCGUAUUGUAAAUAAAAAAAGGCAAUGAACAUACGAGAAAGUCUGUAUAUUUGUUGUAUAUGACUGUCGAUGUGGUUACGGGUAAAUUUGUCAAAUAACUCAGUAGCUAAAGGGUUUAGAACGUUUGAUUCAUUCAUAACAUCCGUGUUGCUAUGUCAGUGAUGUACGUUUGCUGCUAUUCCUGGUCCGUUACUUUUCUUCAUGACAACUUAGCUCUUAAACUCUGACUAUUGGCCAUUAACGCUUUCUAGUUCACCCAGCACGUUCCUUUCAAGAACGGUCAUAAAUCACCCGCGCCCUUUAAUGUUAAACCGAAGAUCAGAAUGCACAUAAACAUGAAGUAGUAGGGUAGAGGGCAACAUUACAAUACUCAUUUAUAAGAUCUGACUGGAUGGAUAAACUGUUUCUAAAAGUUCUAGAUGUGAUGAAGUUUUACCAUGACAUUUGAUACGAAACAAGUUAUGACACACUGAGCAGAAUACAUAACGGCAGUCAGUUCUGGAACUACAACACAGCUGAGGAAUUAUGUUAGGAAAUAGUGUUUGUAGAGAUCAGUCUGCAAGAACCCAUAUGUUUACUGGAUCAUUACUUAUGUGACAAAAAUCGAGCAAAAUGUGCUGCCAUCUUCCAAGUUGCUUGGACGUCAACAAUGUUACCGUCUUCCCAUGUUGCUGUUACCAUGCUGCUCGAUUCUUGAGCACUUGGACAGACAAAAUGUCAUACAGUCACAUAUAUCUGCAAAGGCCAUGUUAACCGCAUAUCGAAUGUCAUAAUGGUGCAUGCAGCAAGGUCUUUUCUCCGUGUCUCCGUGUUAUUCAUUUCAGAUUGAUCUAAAAAAUACUGAAAGCCAAACAAAGUUAUUCUAUGAUUAUUUGACUUCUCAAUGUUAUUAUUGGUUGUACCCACACCUUUUCAUUUUAUCCAUUGUUCUUGUCUUUAGUUCUUGAUAUACAUCUUAUUUUUCAUCAAAUAAUCAUAUCAUUUUGCGCCAUCUUUCAAGUAAUCAGAUAUGAAUAGCAGUUGGUUAAUAAAGACAAAAGUAAA